UGUGUUGUUUAGUGAAAUGCAAUGAACGCAAUGAAGUGCAAAAGUUUUUAAUUUAGUACGUUUUAAGCUGUCUUUCACGUUAAGAACAUAAGUUAGAAAUAAAGCAACAUCCAUAUUAAAAUAUAAGCAAGCAUCUAAAACUGAUUCUUAAACGCUGUUCAUGUAUCAAUGGAGAUACCUUGACACAAAAAUUCCCGUUAUACCAAGAUCCACGUCAAUGAAAUUUGUUGACUAAAUAUAUUUAUCAGCAAUGGGUCGUGCCAAGGGAUAUCAAGACCUGGAUGACAGCGGGGUAGGUCCGCGGACUCCCUCCCAAAGUAUGCCUCCACCACAGGAGAUAGAAAUGGCUUCGGUAUCGGUAGUGCCGGAUGAUACAUUUACGGUAACACAGGCUGUAAACGCACUUGGCUUUGGAUGGUUCCAAGUAAAGUUGUCGCUCUGUACAGGAUUGUGUUGGAUGGCAGACUCAAUGGAAAUGACUAUCCUUAGUAUAUUGUCUCCAGCCCUGCACUGUGAAUGGAAUAUAAGCAAGUAUCAACAAGCUUUAACUACAACAAUUGUAUUCAUGGGAAUGAUGUUGAGCUCUACUUUUUGGGGCAAUAUCAGUGACCGUUAUGGACGAAAAACUGCUCUCAGUAUGUGUGGUGUACUUUUAUUUUAUUAUGGACUGUUAAGUGCCAUUGCACCUAACUUCCUUUGGCUGUUGUUCCUUCGAGGGCUUGUUGGUUUUGCUAUUGGCUGUGUGCCACAAUCGGUAACAUUAUAUGCUGAGUUUUUACCAACAAAACAAAGGGCUAAAUGUGUCGUUCUUCUUGAUUGUUUCUGGGCGCUGGGCGCAUGUUUGGAGGUAGCUCUGGCGCUGGUCGUCAUGCCGACUCUAGGAGUUCACUGGCUCCUCGCUUUGUCCACUAUUCCGCUUCUGAUAUUUGCCCUCAUAUGUCCAUGGUUACCUGAAUCAGCAAGAUAUCACGUGGCUAGUGGGCAACCAGACAAGGCAUUAGCUACCUUAGAACAAAUAGCACAAGACAACGGUCGUCCGAUGUUGCUCGGGCGGCUGGUGUGCGACGACUCUGUGGGCAUCGGCCAGCGCGGGCGGUUGAAACAUCUACUCAUACCGCAUCUCAGGAACACCAGCUUACUCUUGUGGUUUAUAUGGAUGUGUUGUGCGUUCUGCUACUACGGGCUGGUGCUGAUGACGACGGAGCUGUUCGAGAACGAGCCGGACAGCCUCGGGGACACGUGCGCCGCCGACUGCCGCCCGCUGCAGACCACCGACUACAUGGACCUGCUGUGGACCACGCUGGCUGAGUUCCCAGGAAUUUUCGCCACCAUUUUCAUAAUUGAGAAGUUUGGACGGAAAAAAACUAUGGCGUCGCAAUUCGUCAUAUUCGCCAUUUGCGUAUGCGUGCUGAUUUACAAUGAUAACCGAACAUUCCUGACAUGCAUAUUGUUCGUGGCUCGAGGCAUCAUCGCCGGGUUGUUUCAAGCCGCUUAUGUCUACACACCUGAGGUUUACCCGACUGCUUUGAGAUCUACGGCUGUGGGUGCUUGCAGCGGCGUGGCGAGGCUCGGCGCUAUGAUCACGCCCUACGUUGCACAGGUGCUCCUAAAGAAUUCGAUCGUAAUAGCGACGGGCGUAUACUCGCUGGCGGCGCUACUGGCGGCCGUGGCCAGCCUGGCGCUGCCCAUCGAGACCAAGGGCCGCGAGAUGAGGGACUCCGUCACCGCCAUCAACUGACACAGCUUCUACCCGCGGUCUCAACGGUGAUCACUAUUUUUUUCACUUCUCAUAAUCGUAAAGUUUGACAUUAUGAUUGAUUGUAAGGCCACCUAUAAUUUGAUUUUAGGUUUUAGAACACAAAGUGAAGGUCUUACCCGGUUGUCUAUAAAAAAAAGUUGAAACAUGAUUUGUCACUGUAAUUUUACAUUAUUUGACAUUGAUAGUUUAGACAAAACAUAUUUUCGCUUAAAUUUCCAAUUAUUUUUUUGUUCAAGAGCGUAAAAUGCAAUCGCAUCGAGCAUUUUAGUAUUAAAUCAGCAAAAAGUAAAAUCUUCGUCUAAUCAGCAUAUUCUAAUUUAUAUUAAUUGCUAAACAUGUUUAUAUAUCAUGAUAAUGUUAAUGUCCUCCCAAUCAAAGUGAAAAAUGUAAACGCCUUGAUUAACAUGCUUAGUUCUUUUUGAGACAUUGGACGGACCAUACUGGUUUAGGCAAGAAGCAAAUUUAACUAUUCAUCAUUCAAUGAAAAUUAAAUUUGGCAUUUAUAAAUUCAAUAAUUGUAUUAAUUAACAUUAUACAAUAUAAUUGUAAACGCAUUGACAGAUGAUUGAAAAUCAUUAGCCAACAUAGAAAAGUGGCUUUUUAGAAUAUUUUUAAUUAAAAGCAAUAUAUUUAAUAAGCUGAGCAUAAGUAUACUGCACUAUUUAUUUCCUAAGACUGCCUUUUGCAUUUCUUGUUUCUAUAUUUUAAUUUAUGCAUACUUAUACAAUGUUGUCAUGUUAGCAAUUUUUACUGUUAAUACGAGAUAAUAAUUAUGUUAUCAAUAUUUAUUCUAGUUAUUGUAAUAACAUUGCUGUGAUACUUGUAUUCAAUAUAACGAUGUACUUAAACUUUACCAAUGAAUAGGUAACUCUUUUGAAACUUUUACACUAAUUUAAUACGCUGCUAGUUAUAAUGAAAUGUUUAAUUUUAAUGCAAUAUUUAAAGUACCUAAUAAGACUGCUUUUUAUCUCGUACAGUAUUUUAUUUAAUAUUGCUUAUAAUAACACACAGGAUUAUAAGGGUACACUAGCUAGGAGUUAGAAUCUCUUUAAGGCGCCGCAUUGGAAAUUUAGCAGGGAUUAAUAUUUUUUAAAUACAAAUAAAAUGGCAUUUUAUAACCAUAAUCUUCACUUCAAUAAUUACAUAUUUUCUUGGCCGAUUAAUUUAAACGUGCGCUUUAAAAUUUCUGUAUAUUUCUUAAGGAUUAAUUGAAGUUUUUCAUUGAAGCAAAAAAAAAAAAA